AUUGGUUGACAGUUGACAUAAUGUCUUUGACAUUGUAGUUUGCAUAUAUGAUUGUCAAUCGUCAUAAAUAUUUAUUAUUUCUUUUAAUUUAAAUUGUAAUAAUUCUAUGGUUUUAUAAAUAUAAUUUUCCGUAUAAAUUGUAUAUAACCAACCGCAACGUAGGAAAAACGUUUGAAAUACAUUCAUGUACACACAAGCUAUGUUACACAAUAUUUGAAAUAUUGUCGUACCGUACCUAUUUGUAAUUGUUUAAAUCUUUAACAAUGAAUGACGGUGGUUCGAAGAAGAUCCUUUUUAAUAAAUCUACUUUAUUUAGUUUGAAAGCCGAGCUUUUAAGGAAGCAAGAAGAGGUAAAUGAGAAGAGACGUCUGCCGCAACACAAACUUGAGAACUUCAAACCUCCUGUAAAAGAAAAAAAACCAGACAAAGAUCCAGAAAUUUCACACAAAAAGACAUUCAAAGACAGUUUAAAAGCUGUUGACGCUGAAGAGUUGGAAGCAUGCAGGAAAGCCAAGGCAGUAUUGGAAAAGAAAGCUGAGUUGUAUGAGCAUUUGUCAGAUGGCGCUGGCAACUCUCAGCUGGCUGGUAGAUUCCUCGUGGACUUCAACACUAAGAAACAGCAAGAUACAGAAAAGGCAGUUGAGGAGGAGCCUGAAUUAUAUCAGAAUGAGAGCAGUUACAGUCAAGAUGAUGAUGAAUGGACUGAGUUCACAGACUGCUUGGGCAGAACAAGAAAAUGUCAUAAAUCUGACUUGGAUAUGUAUCGCAAAAGAGAUGCUGCACUUAUGAAGUCUAUGGGUAUAGAUAAAAAUUCUCCAGAUGAUGAAGAACCUAAACCAGAGGAACCUGAAAGUCCACCUAAAGAGAAACCACUCUUAGUACAAACAACAAAUGAAUAUUUACAAUCAUUGCGCGAAAAAUGGGAGCAGAAAGAAAGAGAGCUACUGGGCAAAGACAAAGAUAUACAUUACCAAGACUUGCUGUUUGAUGAGGCCCGUAUCCAUGGUGUGGGUUACUAUUCAUUUAGUACCGAUGAAACGGAGCGGAAGAAACAAAUGGAGGAACUGAUAAAGCGACGGGAAGAAACUCUGAAGGCACAGCAAGAGAGUGAGGCGAUUCGUAAGAAGAGAGACGAGAUGAUUGCUGCGAGAGUGGCGGCUGCACGAGCUAGGCAGAGAGCGAGAGCUGGUCUACCUCCCGAAGAACCUGCUAAAGAAAACCAAAAAGACUUUACAACGUGCCUUCUAGAAUUUUUAACGCAACAGAGGAACGAAGCUGAUGCUAAGGCAAAGGAAGAAGAAAACAGAAUUAAAGCAGAACAAGAGAAGGAAAGGCAAAAGUUACGUGAAGCUUACGUGCGAGAAUGGGACAUUGGCAAGGAAGGCGUAGAAAGUAAGAUAAAGAAAUUUAGAGAAAUGACCCAAGAAGAAUAUGUAGAGCAACAAAGAGAUAAAAGAAUUAAUGAAUUUGCUCCACCACAAGCUUCUACUUCAGGCAAUGCUAAUGUUUUCGAUGAUAAAGGAAACAUGAUAGGCAAUAAAGAAGCUAAUGCCACUAAAACGUGGGCGGAUGUCAGGCCCAAACUCAAGACACCACCUCCUCCUGAAAUAGGUGAUCUUAAUGAGAUACCACAAAAAGGACUGUACUUCUCAACAGCAAAGAAGAACGAUAAUUUCAAAUAUAAGAAUUUUGUUAGAGCUCAAGAACCUACGCCUAUUAUUGAUGAGUUAGAAGAUACUGAUUCGGCACCGCAUAAUACAAGGAUAGAGAAAAGGAAACAUGAAACAGAAGGAGUAGCAAUACCCCCACCACCGACAUUUGAGUACUAUGGGCCUACUAUAAAACAGACAAAGUAUGAUAAACCUUUUGAAUCCGAUAUAAGAGAGGCGUACAGCCAAGGUGCCAAAAGCCUAGAAAAUAAAUCAAAGGGCAAACAGUUGCCAAAGCAUUAUGAUUUUACUUUCGAUUAAG